AUGCCUGUUAAGCCUGGUCAACAUGAUGUGAUCAACCAAGAACAAUUCCUACGUUAUCCUCACGAUAGAUCGAAGGCACAGAAGAGAUGGGUGAAACGAUAUCGAACAGAAGUUGCUGCGUCUGUCAGCAGCAUCUGUUCUACUUUCUGCGCAUUUCCAUUGGAUUCAGUGAAAACACGAAUGCAAACCUACAGAUACAAUAACUUUACGGAUUGCGUUCGACAUACAUAUCAAACAGAGAAAUUACGAGGAUUUUUUCGUGGAGUUGCAGCACCUUUAGCUUCAGUAACUUUGGUCCGAACAAUAUCUUUCUCAGUAUAUCAGCGGUCAAAGUACACAUACGCAGCCUGGUUCAAGAGAAAUUUCGACAUCGAUCCAUUGGUGCAUGUCAACACAUUUGGAACUUAUCCUACAUUUUCAACUAUUGCUUGUUUCGGAGCUGCUGGUGCCACAGCGGGAUCGUUCAUAACGCUUGUAGCUUGUCCCUUCGAAUUGACAAAACUCAGUGCUCAAGUAUCGGUGUUGAUGGCUGCUAAACGACAAACCAGUGGUUCCGAUCCUGUGCGAAAUUCACCUAUACAAAAUGCAACUGCAGCAAGCUAUAAAGACAAAGGGACAUUCAAAACUGCUAUGAAUAUUAUCAAGCACCGUGGGGUAUCAGGACUCUAUUCGGGAUUUAACCUUCACCUUCUUCGGGAUACGCUAGGAACGGCCAUUUACUUCAUGACUUACGAAAGUUGUAAGCAACUCUUGACUACAUAUACAGGAGAGCGGGGUUCAACAAGUCCCUUUGCUGUCGUUGUUGCCGGCGGUUUCUGUGGCAUAGCAAGCUGGGCACUGAUUUACCCGAUUGACUCCGCCAAAAGUAUUUACCAACGGAAUUGCCUGACCUGCUGCAAAGGUGAGACUGUUCAAAAGGCACCAAAGAUUCAAUUCUUCGACAAGAGAAUGUACCGAGGCCUGGGUGUGUCCAUGGGUAGAUCAUGCGUUGUAAACUCAAUAUUCUUCUCGGCAUUCGAAUUUAUCAAGAAGAACAUAAAUUCGCUUCCGGAUUGA